AUGCAGUGGUACUUUGUUGCCGUACUUCUCACGAUUCUCACCAGCUCUCAGGGCAUUUUGACAACUCUAUCUCAAACUAAUGGAAAGUAUUUGUACGACUAUGCGACUGUACCAUUUCUUGCUGAAGUUUUUAAGCUGGUGCUUUCUAGUUUAUUUCUUUGGAGACAGUGUCGGAUAUCACCGUCAACAAGGAUGACUACCGAAUGGAAGAGUGUGCGCUUAUAUGUUGUUCCUUCAAUCAUAUAUCUAAUUCAUAACAAUGUUCAGUUUGCUACACUGACUUAUGUGGAUACAUCCACAUAUCAGAUAAUGGGUAAUUUAAAGAUCGUUACCACUGGGAUAUUAUUCAGGCUAUUCCUGAGGAGGAGACUCUCUAAUCUGCAGUGGAUGGCAAUUAUUCUAUUAGCUGUUGGAACAACCACAAGCCAGGUUAAAGGUUGUGGAGAAGUGUCCUGUGAUUCUCUGUUUGCAGCUCCAAUCCAAGGCUACUUGUUGGGGACACUGUCUGCUUGCCUAUCAGCACUAGCAGGUGUUUACACAGAGUUUCUGAUGAAGAAGAACAAUGAUAGCUUGUACUGGCAAAAUGUACAAUUAUAUACAUUUGGCUCAAUAUUCAACCUGGCUCGGCUUGUUCUCGAUGAUUACAGAGGUGGCUAUGAGAAUGGAUCUUGGUGGCAACGCCUUUUCAAUGGCUACAGUAUUACAACUUGGAUGGUUGUUUUGAAUCUUGGAUCCACUGGCUUGUUGGUUUCAUGGUUGAUGAAGUAUGCUGACAAUAUUGUGAAGGUGUAUUCUACAUCAAUGGCAAUGCUGCUAACAAUGGUUUUGUCUGUGUACCUCUUUAGCUUCAAGCCUACUUUGCAGCUUUUCUUGGGUAUUAUCAUCUGUAUGAUGUCACUGCACAUGUAUUUUGCCCCUCCAAACAUGCUUGUGGAUUUGCCUACGCAAGUCAGAGCUGCUCCUGAGAGCCUGAAAGAAGUAACAGUUGAACGAAGAACAGAUUCCUGA